AUGUCGUCCGAAGCUUUCGCGGCUCUCCGCAAGACACAGGGCGAAGAGCUCACUGAGCUUGCAAAAGCGCAUUUCAAGCACGACCUCCGGGAUGAUGACCGCAAUCGAGUGCGCAGCGCCGCAACCAAAGCUUCCACGCAUGCCCUCAUCGGCUCACUGGCCGGCCUCGCACUAGGUGGCUUUCUAGCCUUCCGACUGCGAGCGAACCGGAAAGCUAUGUAUCAAGCAUUUCGUUCAUCUGAGAAGCCCACACACGUCAAGUUCGCAAGCGGUAGAGAAGAAGCAAUUCCAGACAUCACUCCUCUUCUCAACCCCACGCCUCUAGGAGAUAUAAUGACGUACACAUUCUUUGGUCUUGGGGGCAUCUUUUUGGGCGGCGAGAUUGGCCUAUUAACAGGUUCAUGGUCAGCGAAGAAGACAAUAUCUCGAAAUCCUGAUAGCAGAGAGAGGAUCGAAAAGGCUUUCAGGUCAUUUCGGAUAGAUGUACUGAGGAAACAAAUCGAAGAAUUGGAGGCCGGCAAGACCAAAAACAUCUGGCCAUGA